AUGGAACAUCAAGUUGAGCGCCUCGAUGCCGAGAGGUAUGCCAGGCAGUUUCUUCACAUUCACACCGAGUUCGCUGAGAGCUUGGGCGUGGCGCGAGUCGGCUAUGGUUUGAACCUUCUAGGACGUGAUCGCCCGUUGUGCAUGGCUAGCUAUUGCCCAGGGGCACAGGUCAGCGUCCUGGCUCUGAGCGUGUCUCGCAUCUUGGGCGACUUCGCAUUGCAGACCCUGUUUCGCAGCUGGGAUGAGGAAUUCCAGGAUCCGAGCUCCGCAACUGCCAGCUCAGCAGGUGGAAGGGAGGUGGUACGCAUGCUCUAUCGCCCAAUCCUAGCCCUACAGGCCAUUCACAAGGCUCUAGACGGUGUUUGGUCAUGGCUCUAUGAGACAACCAUCUGGCAGUUUACAAAUUGCUGCACAACACGAGGAGAUUCUGGAGGACGACACCUGAUGGCUGAAACCUCUCUGAAGGAGACGGACAAGGCUCAGGCGGAUGCGGACUGCGAUUCGGCUCCGGAAGAUCGUGAGUUCUAUGCCAUUGCGGUACGGGUUCGAGAGGAGACCCUCUCCUCCAUCCGUGCUGCGGCAGCCGCUUCCGCUCCGGCAGGUGGCAUUGGAAUCACCUCGGUGUUGAUCUCUGACGCGCUCUACGCUUGGCUCGGCAACGUCUUGCGAUUGCCACAGGUCGUUGCCGGGUUCGGCGGGCGUUCGGCAUGGCGGGACAGCUGA